AUGGCGACGCAAGAAAAAUGCGUCAUCAAGAUUCUGAAGCCGGUCAAGAAGAAGAAGAUCAAGCGCGAAAUAAGGAUCUUACAGAACCUUUACGGUGGUCCGAACAUCGUGCGGCUUCUAGAUGUUGUCAGAGACCCUCAGUCGAAAACGCCCAGCUUAAUAUUCGAGUACAUCAACAAUACCGAUUUCAAGCAACUCUACCCCACCCUCACCGACCACGACAUUCGAUACUACAUCUUCGAGAUUCUUCGGGCUCUCGACUACUGCCAUUCCCAGGGAAUCAUGCACAGGGACGUCAAACCUCACAAUGUCAUGAUUGAUCACGAGAACAGGAAACUACGGCUGAUCGACUGGGGACUGGCCGAGUUCUACCAUCCCAAUCGUGAGUACAACGUCCGCGUUGCCUCCCGAUACUACAAGGGUCCCGAACUGCUGGUCGAUCUACAGCUCUAUGAUUACUCUCUGGACAUCUGGAGUCUGGGCUGUAUGCUGGCUGGCAUGGUAUUCCGAAAGGAGCCUUUCUUCCAUGGCCAGGAUAAUUACGACCAGCUGGUGAAAAUUGCCCGUGUUCUGGGCACAGAUGGCUUGUUUGCUUACCUGGACAAGUACAACCAAGAGUUGGAUCCACAUUUUGAUCACAUCCUUGGAAGGCACUCCAGAAAAGCUUGGUCGAAGUUUGUGACAUCCGAGAAUCAGCAUCUGGUGAGUCUGGACGUGCUGGAUCUCAUAGACAGGAUGUUGGUGUACGACCAUGCUCAACGCAUUUUGCCCAAAGAAGCGAUGCUACAUCCCUACUUCGCGCAGAUCAGGGAGUCAAGCCCGAAGGCUGCAGCAGCUGCAUCUGAGAUGCCCAAGGCCUAG